AAUUAAGUGUGAGCUAGGGACCUAAUUGUGAGAAAAUAAUAUUGUUGAGUCUAAUCACAAAAUUUUCAAAUUUUGAGGGACUUAAAAGAGGAAAGAAAUUUGGAUAAGGAUGGCUGAUAUUUUUUUCCUUCUUUCUUCUUCCUCAGCCACUCGAUUCUGCUCAUUCUUUUUCUCCCUGCACCGACUGCACACCCCACUUGGAAAACCGAAUUUUCGGAUCUGCUUUGCUUUGUUCCUUCCGUCUGCUGCUCUUGCUUUGUGGGUGCGAAUUUCUCUGAUUUUUGAUUUCCCGAAUUUCCCCCUGCACUUCUUGCCGGCCUUCCCCCAAACUCGCCAACUCCGGACUUGCUUGCUGAAUUCUGGUUCUUGAUUGUUCUGUCAUCCUAGCAUUUGGAGUGAAUUUUCUGUGUUAUGUGAUUGAGGUAAGUAAAUUAUGGUAAUGUCAUUUGAUUUCAAAGUAAAAGCAUAUUUUAAAUUGUUUUUGAGAUGAUGGCAAGUUUAAAUUGAUUUUAUUAGCAUUGAGCAUGAUUGGUUUGAAAUGGAAUUAUUUUCAUUUUCAUUGAGUAAGAGCAUGCCUACUUGGAAUUUGCUUAACUGCCCUGAUGAUUUGAGAAUUUUUGUAAAUUCUGAUUUGCCUGUUAAAUCCAUGCCCACAUGGAAUUAUUCCGAUUAUUCUUGAAAUUUGAGGCUGAUUGUGAAUUUCAAAUUUUUCUAGAAAUCCUGCGUGGUUUUGUCUCUGAUAUGGUCAUGUUUUACUGUGCCCGUUAGUGGGAGGUUUAUAAACACUAGCACAUGUCAACAUGUUUACCGAUAGGACCAGUUCAUACUGAAAUUCUGCCAAUGGGAUAAUACAUUGGUUGUUACUGAAAUCCUGUCAAUGGGAUAAAACAUUGGUUACUACUAUGCCCGCUAGUGGAAGGUUUAUAAACGUUGGCCAUGACUUAUAGAUGAGACUACUAUCGAAGCUUAUUCUGCAUUAACUGUUUAUCAUUGAACGUUUUGUUAUGUUAAACUGGUUAUCAGGCAUGCUUAAAAUUUUACUUGCGGGCUAUCCAUAUAUUUUUACUUACUGAGAUAUUUUAUCUCAUAGUUUUCCUUGUCCACCAUUUCAGGUAGUAAGACCCGAGGCACGGUUAACCAGGGGGAGUGACGAGCUAAAUGGCUAGUCAAUAUUUUGGACUUAGAUCUUUUUGGACUUAGGCCGUUAGCCACAUAUGUUUGACACAGAUGUGAACUAAUAAAUUAAUUUUUUUGUAUACUGAUUUUCCUUGGUUAUAGCCAUGACUAUUUUAUAAACUUUUGCACAUCUG